GACGAGGAAGUGGGUGUUAGGCGCACGCCACCAGCUCCAUCCUUGCCCCAGCCAGUGCAGGCGCGCGGACCUAAGCGACCCGGUGCUGGCAGCCCACAGCAGCAGCACCAGGUAAGGGACCCCUGAAGGUGGAAGUUCUAGAAGCUUUUCUCACCAGUCCCUGCACAGAGCUAGCGUGAGUAUUCUUGUCAGUGGCAGAGGACACAGGAACACCUGUGUGGAAACCUGUCAAUGUCACAGACGGAAAAGGAAUCAUAAUCACUAAUGCCAACAGCACCUGACAAUUUGUGUGCUCCCCAACGCCUCCUGUGACCCCAGAGCUGUCAGCUGAUGGUCCUCAAUCUUAGGCCACAGAUGGAAGCAGGCCCCAGUCAUGCAGAAGGACAUGACAGCCUAUGUGCAUGAGCCCUCGCACAUAAAGCAAAAGCCACCUCAAGACACAGCCAUCAGCACCUCGGCCUCCAUGAGGAUCCUAGAAGGUAGACACAUACUACAGACCUGGAAGGAAGGUGACGUGGAAGACCAGCUGAGGACUGGGCUUUGAGCCUUGAAGACCCCGUCUUACUUAAUUCUUACUUAUGUCCUGUACUUCACGAGGAAUAGCUUGAUCUAUUCCCACAACAUUAGGCUAGUCACUAGACCUUCCCCAACCUUCCUUUGGCUUGGCCAGGAACCUGAAGCCCAGUGUUUGGAGCUGGAAGAGCAGUAGCCAAGGCCCAGGGUGAGUGUAGACGCUACAGGGCCCCAGAAUGGAGCCCAACGGCACUAUCCACUCCUGUUGCUUAGACUCUACUGUAUGGAAAGUCACCAUCAGUCUGAUCCUCACCACCCUCAUCCUCAUCACCAUUGCUGGCAAUGUGGUCGUCUGCCUGGCUGUCAGCCUGAACCGUCGGCUCCGCAGUCUGACCAAUUGCUUCAUUGUGUCCUUGGCGGCUACUGACCUGCUGCUUGGCCUCCUGGUGCUGCCCUUCUCUGCCAUUUACCAGCUCUCUUUCAAGUGGACCUUUGGCCCGGUCUUCUGCAGCAUCUACACCAGCCUGGAUGUGAUGCUCUGCACAGCCUCCAUCCUCAACCUCUUCAUGAUCAGCUUGGACCGCUACUGCGCUGUCACAGACCCACUGAGGUACCCUGUGCUGGUCACCCCAGUUCGUGUUGCCAUUUCUUUGGUCUUCAUUUGGGUCAUUUCCAUCACCCUGUCCUUCCUGUCUAUUCACCUGGGGUGGAACAGCAGAAACGAGACCAGGGGAGACAAUGACACCUCCAAGUGCAAAGUGCAGGUCAACGAGGUGUACGGGCUGGUGGACGGGCUGGUCACCUUCUACCUGCCACUUCUCAUCAUGUGUGUCACCUACUACAGAAUCUUUAAGAUCGCCAGGGAGCAGGCCAAAAGGAUCAAUCACAUCGGCUCCUGGAAGGCAGCCACCAUCAGAGAGCACAAAGCCACCGUGACGCUGGCUGCGGUCAUGGGAGCAUUCAUUGUCUGCUGGUUUCCCUACUUCACGACGUUUGUUUAUCGUGGGCUGAGAGGGGAUGAUGCCAUCAACGAGGUGGUUGAAGGCAUCGUUCUGUGGCUAGGCUAUGCCAAUUCAGCCCUGAACCCUAUCCUGUACGCUGCCUUCAAUAGAGACUUCCGCAUGGCUUACCAACAGAUCUUCUGCUGCAAGCUUGCCAGCCACAACCCCUACAAAACCUCCCUGAGGAUGAACAAUUCUCUGCUGUCCAGGAACCAAAGCCGAGAAGUCAGAUGGCAGGAGGAGAAGCCCCUGAAGCUCCAAGUGUGGAGCGGGAAAGAAAUCACACACCCUCAAGGAACCCCAGACAGGUGUCACCCCCUCCUAGGUGUGGAGGGUCCUCCCAUAGAUGUCACACCUGUCCCCCUCCCCUCCAUAUCAUUGAAAACCCUAUUGCCCCUGCUCCUGAACUCUUGCUACGGGGUCAAUCCUGUCAUCUGGGCCUCCGGACUCCCCCUCUCAAGUCUACCCUCCAAGCCAGCCCAAGGUCACCCUGCACGUGGAGACUCCCUUGUCCCAGCCUGAUAGGUAAAAUGCUCCCCUCAAUCACCUCAUUCUACCUCUUCCAUCCAGGGGGUCACAGAGCUGAUUUAGUUCAUGGUGGAGGAAAAAUAAAGACAUGGGGUUACAGACUAGACAGAAGAAAGUAGCCACUGUUUGGCCAGUGUGUCACCUUGAAUCCAUCAUCCCUGAUUGCUCUGUAGCUAAUAUUCACCUGUUUUGACCCUGUUCCUCAAACAUUCACUCAGUACAUGCUUGGCAGAAAUGGCUGGGUCACAACAGGCUCCCUCCACUUGAUCUCUAGAGGCCAAAGGAGGGCAUCCGAUCCCCUUGAGCUAACUAUAGACAGUUGUGGGCCACCUGACACGAAUGUUGGGGGUCAGCCUAGGUUUUCUGCAAAAGCAGCACAGCUCUCUAGCUCCUAAUCUCCACUUCGCAGACAGGCCACCGAGGCUCAGAGUUCAGCAGGUUCCCCCAAGUAACACCAGCUGGGAGUUCCUAGCUGCUCCACUACUGAGUUUUUUCUGGACGCUGGGCACCUGGCAGGUCUGAAUGUCCACAUUUUCUUCUGUCCCCAGAGUCACUCUGGGGAAAGCCAAGGCCAAUUAAGAGAUGGCGCUUGCCUGGCUCACUCAUAGCUGUGGCAGAGUGAGUCCAGAGCUCAGAUCCUAGAGAGCUCAACUGUCGUCUGUCUUCAGCCUCUAGGAACAGCAGACAGGCUCGGCGGAGCGGGGGAGGGGGCAGAGGAGCCCUCACACUUUAGAAUUACAGCAGACUAAGAACAGAUAGCCCUUGGUUUUCUCUGCGGUGCCUGGGUGGCUGUGACCUUGAGCAUCCCCCAGGAAGGUCAGUUCCCUGCUUUCCUGCUGACUGGCAGUUUGUCCUUUCUGUCUGAGGGCAGGAACAGAAAUUACCCAGAGCCAUUAACUCUACUCCUGAAGGGUGCCGACCUAGACUAUCCUGAGUGAAGAGGAUGGAGACCUCAGGAGAGAGGUUAGUCAACCCGGCUGCCCCUACUUUCUCUGUUGCCUGGGGGAAGCCAGCUCCCAGUUUGAGGCUUUGUCUGCCCCUUCCUCAGCCCUGCUGUGGGAGCACCUCGCCGGCCUAACUGCAUCACUACAAGUGAGCUUUUACCAAGUGUUCGCCAAGGCCUUUGUUAGAUGCCUGAGCUGUCGGUACAUAGCAGCAAACAGAACACAGACCCCGUUCUCAGGUGAGCAGUACUUCUCACAGAGCGGUCCUGAACCACUAGCAGCUGCCUAGAGACAAGCCGACCGGCGACAGGCUAACACUGCUCCAAAUGUGGUAGAACUAAGGUUUCAAUCCAUGCCUUUCUGUCCUCCAAGCCUGGCCUCUGGCCACCAACAAACCCCUGGACUUGAACCUGGCUCUGCUUUUGACAAAUACCUCAGCCACAGUCCUGUAGACACAGGAAGGGGAAGUCGGGGCAUUAGAAGGUUUUGACCUAUCUGUAGUGCCGAGCAGGUGGAGAGGCUGGACCCUUCAAGUCUUAUGCCCCUCACUCGCUUGCUCCCAUAAUCUCUGGGGAGAUAAGACUCACAGGCGGGCACCUAGCCUAUCAGUACCUCGGAGUGUGCACUUCCUCAUUCCAGCAGAGCCCCUGUGUAUCUGCUCCUGACUCGACAAUGACCAGAUGCCUCAAGGGCUGGAGUACGAGCCAGGUACCUUCUCCUUCACCUUUCCACACUCCCCUUGCCAAGGAGCCAGAGCUUCCUCCAGUUCCUGAGUCUGCUUUCCUCCAAAGCCACACAAGACCUUUCUAAAAAUGUCCUGACAAUAGUCCAAACCCUCUGUUGCUUUGGGAAUGAAAGUCAAAGCUGACCCAUCCACCAAAGCUCUGUGCUACUUGGAACCUACGAUUGCACUGAUCUCCUCUUGUGCACACAGUUAGCACCUCCCAGGCUACAAGACGUUGUGCCACCUUCAACUAGUGAUAUAUUUGCUCCCCUACACUGUAAGUUCUCUGAGGCUAGGCCCUGCCCCUGUCUCUUGUUGUUGGAUCCCCGACAGCCAAUCUUGUGCCUGGCAUGCUGUCCAGAUAAAUUAUUGUCCUAGGUCUAUGCAGACCCUGAGAAGUGAUGAACAUUAGUUACCCCACCGUAGACAUCAAGAAACCAAGCCUCAAAGAGGGCAGUGUGGGAGCCUAGGAAAGCUCAAAGAGAGUUUGUUCCCUUUUCUUAUACAUCAGUGGGCCCUCCCUCGAUCCCUGACACCAGGUCAGAUCUCACAGCAGCAUCCAGGGCCAUCUCUGAGUCAUAAAGCCUCAGAUGGGAAGCUUUUCCAGACCUACCCACUCCCACCAGCUUCCAUAGAUGACCCUGGAAGAGAGAAGGCACAUGACAGUAACAGAAAAAUGUAUGUCUAGAUAGGACAGUCAUCUGUAGACCCAACCACAGCAUGCCCUUACUAUGGGGUGGAACUGCUUUGUUUCCUGUAAGUUCAUUCUCUGGAGAUGGGCUGCAGGGUCUGUGGACAUGCCAGAGCUUCGUGUCUGACAGACACACUUCCCCAGAAGGGCUGUUACUAAGAGGAGUUUCUGCCCUAAACUUGUUGACUGGUUCAAGAGCCCAAAUGUAUUCAUUUCCAUCUUCUGACUCUCCAACAAGGCCUAGAUUUUUGGCAUGUUGAUUUCAUCAUUUCCUAACCGCUCCUCCGCAAAUAUUAAAAGACAGUGACGCCCCCUGUCCCUGGGGUCCUGUUGGCUGCCUUGUAUAAGUCAGGUCUCCCUCUCUGCCCUGAUGUCAGCUGCUGGAAGUUGGGUAAACUCAGUAUGAGUCAUGGUGCCUCUACUCACUGGUCGGUGACAGUCUGAGGUCCACUUUCCAGUCUAUAAAGUGGUGACAAGUCUCCCUGUCUUUUAAAGGUGUAGGCCCUUAGCAUCCCUGGCAUAUGGCAUGUGUGUGAACAAAGGGGAUUCUUUACUUCAUCAUCUAUGUCUUUCUUUUCCUGUCUACAUCUCAUCACUUCAUCUUUCUUUCACAUUUUCUCCCUCUCAGUUCAGAUACUGUCAACCCACCAAUUUAAAGUGCACACACUAGUGUUUUCCAGAACCUUCACAGAAGAGUGUGGUCAAUGUCAUAGCCUAUUUUGGAGUGCUUAUCUUCCCCCAAGGGAACCCUAUUCCCUACUGUUGUCCCUUCCCAAUUCCCGCAGCCCAUUCCUGCAUCCUCUGACUCAAAGGAAGUCCCUUGUCUCUGUAGAUUUCCUGAUCCUGGAUAUUUUGUGCCUGGCUUCUUUCAUUUAACAAGAUAUUUUC